AUACAUUCACAGUUCUUCCGGUGCGCGUGAGGAAGGGAUUAAACGUCCGUCUCGCUGCUCUCUUUCCGUGAAAGAACGGCAGCCCUAUCGCGUUUACCGGCGUUUAGAACCGGAACGGCGUCCUGACGACUCGUUCGUUAACUCAUCGAGCUGUUUAUGAGAGUUAGGGAUGAACUGAGAAUGAAUGUCAACCAGCAACCUCACAUGGCCUCUCCUUAUGGGCAGCCUCAGCCUGGGUAUCAGGGCUACCCCCAGCCAGGAUAUGGGGGUGGCCACGUGCCAUCGGGAUAUCCGGCUCAGUAUGCACCUUAUAACGGGCCGGGCUCUGCCUACCAACAAGGUCCACCGCAAGGAUAUUCUCCUUAUGCAAGCUUUCCCUCUAAGACUCUCGCAACAAACUUAGUCUCUGACCUGUCCUCCUCCUCUCCUCUUGACCUAGGUAUGAGAGGACCCCCCACCUCAGGGGCACCACCUGUCUCAGGUGCCCAGAACUAUUCUCAGUUUGGGCAAGGAGAAACUCAGAAUGGACCACCACCAAUGGGUGCUCCACCACAGAGGCCUCCAGUGUCUCAACCUUACACUCCAAGUGCAGUGAAUUUGCCUGGUCCUCAGCCCCCGUACGGCCAGCAGUUUGGAGCUCCACUUGUCAGCAUGCAGCAGAUGACCAAUCAGAUGGCCAGCAUGCAGGUUGGCUCCACUGCACCCUCCCCUGCAGGCCCAGGCUAUGCCCCUCCCUCUGUGUCCCAGGCUGCUUUGUCGGCUCCCUACACACCUGCAGCUCCUUCUACUUUCCCACCCGCUUCCACUACUCCCUCACAGCCUCCACCUACUGAAGCUGUAGCUCAGGCUCCUCUUCAGUCAUACUACGGAGCUCCGCCAGCUGCCCAGCAGCCUUUCCCAAAUGCUGUCCCACCUUUCUCCUCCACUGGCCCCACUCAGCCUCAAGCUCCACCACCGGUUUCUCCACAAUCCUUCCCUCAAGCUCCGCCUGUCUCUCAGCCUCCUUUUUCCACAGCCCAGGUACCUCCAGGUCCCACCCAGUCAUACGGAGGCCCACUUCCUUCAGCACAGCCCUCUUUCCCAAGACCACCGCUUCCCAUCUCCCAGCCCUCCACAUUCCCUGCAGGUCCACUGCCCACCUCAAUUCCAUCUCAGCUUCCAGGGGUCAUGCAGCCCCAACCGCCAGUUUCCCAACCCUCACCUUACCACUCGGGUCCCCCUCCAACCUCCAUUGGGUUUCCACCACAAGUUGGUGCUCCAUCAAGGCCUCUCCUUGCUGGAAUGCAGGGCCCUCCUAUGGCAUCACAAGGGCCUCCUAUGACACCUCAAGGGCCUCCUAUGGCAUCACAAGGGCCUCCAAUGGCACAGGGUAAUCAUAUACCCCUUACACAACCUGGCAUGCCACCUGGUCCUAUCAACGCUUCCCUGUCAGGGCCACCACCACAGCCAGGAAUGCAGGGAUAUCCUCCUCAGCAAAAUGGUGCUUUCGGGCAGGUCAGAGGUCCUCAACCUGGUUACACAGGACCAUAUCCUGGGCAGCCAAACUAUGGAGCGCCAUCCGCUGCACCUGCUCCAGCGCCAGCUGCCCCAAAGAGGCUUGAUCCUGAUUCUAUCCCAAGCCCGAUUCAGGUUAUUGAGGAUGACAAAGCAAACAAGGGAAGUGAACCUUUUACAACAGGGGUCAGAGGUCAAGCCCCACCUCUUGUCACCACCAAAUUCCAAGUUAAAGAUCAAGGGAAUGCGAGUCCACGCUACAUCCGUUGUACAGCCUACAACAUACCCUGCAAUUCCGACAUGGCCAAACAGUCCCAGGUUCCCUUGGCUGCUGUCAUUAAACCCCUGGCCCCUCUGCCUCCAGAUGAGACACCACCAUAUCUUGUGGAUCAUGGAGAAAGUGGUCCCAUCCGCUGUAAUCGCUGUAAGGCAUAUAUGUGCCCAUACAUGCAGUUUAUUGAAGGUGGCCGUCGUUUUCAGUGUGGCUUCUGCAGCUGUGUCACCGAGGUGCCUCCCCAUUACUUCCAGCAUCUGGAUCACACAGGGAAGAGGGUGGACUGCUACGACCGACCAGAGCUCUCGAUGGGCAGUUAUGAGUUUACGGCUACUGUGGACUACUGUAAGAACAACAAGUUUCCUCUGCCGCCAGCCUUCAUCUUCCUGAUUGACGUGUCCUACAAUGCUGUGAAGAAUGGCAUGGUGGGAAUUGUAUGUCAGGAGCUGAAGACACUGUUGGAUUACUUGCCAAGAGAGAACCCUGAUGUGGAAUCAAACAUUCGAGUUGGCUUCGUCACCUACAAUAAAGUGCUUCAUUUCUAUAAUGUGAAGGCUUCCCUCGCCCAGCCACAGAUGAUGGUAGUGUCAGAUGUGGCUGACAUGUUUGUGCCCCUACUGGAUGGAUUUCUGGUCAAUGUCUCAGAGUCCAGGGUGGUUAUUGAGAGUUUGUUGGAUCAGAUCCCCGAGAUGUUUGCAGACACGCGGGAAACAGAAACUGUGUUUGGGCCUGUCAUUCAGGCUGGGCUGGAAGCGCUCAAGGCUGCAGACUGUGCCGGAAAGCUCUUUGUUUUCCACUCGUCUCUUCCCAUCGCUGAGGCUCCAGGCAAACUGAAGAACAGGGAGGAUAAGAAACUAGUGGGCACUGAUAAAGAAAAGUCAUUAUUCCAGCCACAAGUUAGUUUUUACAACACUCUAGCCAAGGAGUGUGUCACACAGGGUUGCUGUGUGGACCUCUUCCUAUUUCCCAACCAGCAUGUUGAUGUAGCAACGUUAGGGGUGGUCCCCACUUCAACAGGCGGCUCCAUCUACAAAUACACCUAUUUCCAGGCUCCAUCUGACCAGGAGCGUUUCCUCAAUGACCUGAGGAGAGAUGUGCAGAAGCAGGUUGGCUUUGAUGCAGUGAUGAGGGUCCGCACAAGCACAGGUAUCCGGGCAACCGACUUCUUUGGUUCUUUCUACAUGAGCAACACCACCGAUGUAGAGCUGGCAGGACUAGACUGUGACAAGACCGUUACCGUGGAGUUCAGACAUGAUGACAAGCUCAGCGAGGAGACUGGAGCUCUAAUGCAGUGUGCGGUUCUGUACACCAGCUGCAGUGGUCAGCGACGACUUCGGAUCCAUAACAUGGCAGUGAACUGCUGCUCUCAGCUGGCAGACCUGUACAGGAACUGUGAGACUGACACCAUCAUCAACUUCUUUGCCAAAUAUGCAUUUCGGAGUGUACUCAGCAGUCCUACCAAGAAUGUCCGUGAUAGUCUGGUGAAUCAGUGUGCACAGAUCUUAGCCUGUUACCGCAAGAACUGUGCCAGUCCAUCUUCAGCAGGGCAGUUGAUUUUACCAGAAUGUAUGAAGCUGCUGCCCGUGUACCUGAACUGCGUGUUAAAGAGUGACGUUCUGCAGCCCGGGGCGGAUGUCUCCCUGGAUGACCGUGCCUACCUGAGACAGCUGGUCAGCACUAUGGAUGUGGCCGAGAGUCAUGUGUUCUUCUACCCUCGUCUGCUUCCUCUGCAAAAGCUGGAUGUUGAGAGCAUGACUCUGCCUCUGGCAGUGAGAGACUCAGAAGAGAGACUGUCUAGGGGAGGAGUGUACCUGUUAGAGAACGGACUGAACAUUUUCCUUUGGGUGGGGGUCAAUGCCCAACAGGAGUUGCUUCAGAACAUCUUUGGCACGCCGGCCUUCAGCCAGAUAGAUCCCAACAUGACCUCUCUGCCGGCUUUGGAUAAUCCUUUUUCAAAGAGACUAAGGGAGAUUAUCGAGUCCGUCAGGGCACAGCGCUCACGAUACAUGAAGCUCAUGGUGGUGAAACAGGAAGACAAGCUGGAGCUGAUCUUCAAGCACUUCCUGGUGGAGGACAAGAGCAACAAUGGUGGGGCCUCUUACGUGGACUUCCUGUGUCACAUGCACAAGGAGAUUCGUCAGCUCCUGAGCUAGGAGCAUCAGGCCCGCCCCAUUCUCCUCCAUUGGCUCUGUACUCAGAAGCGCUUUAACUUUUUAUUUAACAUAAUAAACAAAAUCCCAUUGCCCAUCAUCUUCUCUCCCUCAAGUAUAAUCUCAUCCACGUGACUCUUGAGGAAGAAGCCACCUUGUAAAGGAAAUGUUGCUCUGUCAGAUUACGGUGUUCUUUUGGUUUUAGUGGUGGGAGUUUUGACCUGAAUUUCUCCUCCUCUCUUUCAUUGACAGGCUCGUGAGACUUUGUGUGUGCGUGUGUGUGAUAGAGAAGGAGAUAUGCUGUUGUUACUGCUCUACAGCUGAUCUGAGAUCAGGUUGCGAAGCCUCAAACAGAGCUUGAACCGCUUCUUCAGAACAAAACAGCUACUGGGUUUUAGUGUGUUUGACUGUGAACAUCGAUGUUGAUUGUAAUGGGUGUUCUGUGAGAAACACUAGCACUGAUUAAUGGUCUCUAGGUACCGAAGGACAGAAAAAUAACUGCAUUAGAAAUUAAUCUAGACCUACUCGAAAUACAGUGAAAUGAAAUUAUUCCAAUAUGAAUCAAAAGAUGUUUUAGAACAAGUUAGAUUCAUGUCUAUCCAAUUAUUUGUAUUUUUUUCUGCCCUUUGAUUAUCUCUCUCAACCUUGGCCUUACUGAUGCUGUCUCUCCUUUUUCAUUCGUUCUUCUGUUUAUCUUGUCUAAUUUUUGUCAUUUUCACCUUUUUAAAGUGUGCUAAAAACCUAAUAGAGACUAUGGGAGUUUGAAGUGUGCUGUUAAUCAUUCAAAAUGUCUUUUACUCUGAGAAAACAUUUGAAAUAAAAGUCUAUGCAUCAACUUAUCUUUAAAAGAAAGAGGGAAAGCUGUUCAAGAGCCUGAGCUGAAUGUUGCGCUUCUUUUUCUCCUUGCUACCGCCCUCAUUCUCUGUAAGAAGCAGAUAUGCCUAAAACUGAUACGUUAGUGACGUUUCUGCGUCCUGAUGUAGUCUAUGGAUCCCUAUGGACGCCCGGACAGGGAGUUGAAUUUCUGAUGAGCCUCUCUGGAGGAUGGGAGUUGUCAAAACCCUAUAGAUGGUUCAGUAAUUGGGCAUAUAUUACGGAAGCAUUCAUUCAGUUCCCUAUUCUCUUUUUUUCUUUACUGUAUAGUCUGUUAGAAACCUGUAUACUACAUGUGCUUGUUCAUGUAUCAGAUAUGAUUUAAUAUUAUGUUCUAAAUCUGUUAAAGGAGCAGGUGGCGUCUCUGCUCUAGGGUAUUAAUCUUUGUGCAAUGGAAGCCUGUACUGAGAGUGGAGUGGGACUCAUUUAGAAACUGACCAUUUCUAACCGGUUUUCCAAACGAGCGAAGUCAAGCACAUGCGGAAUUGUGACCUUAAAAGCAAUCAACACUGAAUACCUUGUCAUCACAUUUAUUACAUGUACAGAAUUAAAAAUCACAUUUUAAAAAUGAUGUCAAGCUAGUGUGCUUUGUUGAAUCUGCAUAUGAUGUUUGGGUGAGUUGAAGAAUGAUUUUUUUCAAUUAUUCUUUUUUUUUCCCCCUCUCAGUGCUUCAGAAUCUUUUACAAGCUCAUCUUAGUCCUUUCAAAGACAUUCUGAAAUAUAUCUUCAUCUCUAAUAUUACAGAGCUCUUUUAUAUAGAAGGGUGAGCUGAGCUGGUGUGUUUAUCAGAGGUGUAUCCUAGUGAGGUUCUCUUUAGAACGGAGGGAUCAGCCUUGGGAGUUUUUUUUUUAGUUUUUUUUUUUUUUAUAUUAUUACAUUUUUGCGUUUGUCUCUAACCCAUAUAUGUUUUUGUUGGUCAUAGACUCCUCGAUGUCUUUCAGAGUUGUCUUCUUGUUUCAUCUAUGCCUCCUGACUGCAAAUAAAU